GUGUUUCCCUGCGCAGCUCCCAGCUCUAGUGACUCAGGCAGGAAACUCCCGGCCCAGCGCGGCGGCGGCGGCGAUCCCCAGGGUGGCGGCGGCAUCCCGAGCUGCCGCGGACUGGCAAAAUGGCUGCUCAAGUUACUUUGGAGGAUGCUUUGUCCAAUGUGGAUCUCUUGGAAGAAUUACCAUUACCGGAUCAGCAACCGUGCAUAGAACCCCCUCCAUCAUCUCUGCUUUACCAGCCAAACUUCAACACUAAUUUUGAAGAUAGAAAUGCAUUUGUUACAGGCAUUGCAAGAUAUAUUGAACAAGCUUGUGUCCAUUCUAGCAUGAAUGAAAUGCUGGAAGAGGGCCAAGAGUAUGCUGUCAUGCUGUAUACAUGGAGGAGUUGCUCAAGAGCCAUUCCUCAGGUCAAAUGCAAUGAACAGCCUAACAGAGUAGAAAUAUAUGAGAAAACCGUGGAAGUUCUGGAGCCGGAGGUCACAAAACUGAUGAAUUUUAUGUACUUUCAGAGAAAUGCAAUUGAACGGUUCUGUGGAGAGGUGAGACGUUUAUGUCAUGCAGAGAGGAGGAAAGACUUUGUGUCCGAAGCAUAUCUCAUCACACUGGGCAAAUUCAUCAACAUGUUUGCAGUACUGGAUGAACUGAAAAAUAUGAAAUGCAGUGUGAAGAACGACCACUCUGCCUACAAGCGUGCUGCACAGUUUCUGCGUAAAAUGGCUGAUCCUCAGUCCAUCCAGGAAUCCCAGAACCUUUCCAUGUUUCUUGCCAAUCACAACAAGAUAACACAAUCUUUACAGCAACAGCUUGAAGUGAUUGCCGGGUAUGAAGAGCUGCUUGCAGAUAUUGUGAAUUUGUGUGUGGACUACUAUGAAAAUAAAAUGUAUCUAACACCCAACGAGAAACACAUGCUUCUAAAAGUAAUGGGUUUUGGAUUGUACCUGAUGGAUGGAAGUGUUAGCAACAUCUAUAAACUAGAUGCAAAGAAAAGGAUAAACUUGACCAAGAUAGACAAGUUUUUUAAGCAGCUGCAAGUGGUCCCACUGUUUGGCGACAUGCAGAUUGAACUGGCAAGAUACAUUAAGACUAGUGCCCAUUAUGAGGAAAACAAAUCCAGAUGGACAUGCACUUCUUCCACCAGCAGUCCCCAGUAUAAUAUCUGUGAGCAGAUGAUCCAGAUCAGAGAGGACCAUAUGCGCUUUAUUUCAGAGCUGGCUCGUUACAGCAAUAGCGAGGUGGUAACUGGAUCUGGACGUCAAGAAGCUCAGAAAACAGAUGCAGAGUAUCGGAAACUAUUUGAUCUUUCCCUCCAGGGGCUGCAGCUCCUAUCUCAGUGGAGCGCGCAUGUUAUGGAAGUGUAUUCAUGGAAGCUAGUGCAUCCAACUGACAAAUACUCAAAUAAAGAUUGCCCUGACAAUGCGGAAGAGUAUGAAAGAGCAACACGAUACAAUUAUACCAGUGAGGAGAAAUUUGCUCUGGUUGAGGUUAUUGCUAUGAUUAAAGGCCUUCAGGUGCUGAUGGGUAGGAUGGAAAGUGUCUUUAACCAUGCGAUCCGCCAUACCAUUUAUGCUGCUCUGCAGGACUUCUCCCAAGUCACGCUUAGAGAACCAUUAAGACAGGCCAUCAAAAAGAAGAAAAAUGUCAUUCAGAGUGUUCUUCAGGCCAUUAGAAAGACAGUUUGUGACUGGGAAGCAGGACACGAGCCAUUUAAUGACCCAGCAUUAAGAGGAGAAAAAGACCCCAAAAGUGGUUUUGACAUCAAAGUUCCAAGGCGAGCAGUUGGACCCUCUAGUACCCAGCUUUACAUGGUGAGAACUAUGUUAGAGUCCCUCAUUGCUGACAAAAGUGGUUCCAAGAAAACCUUGAGAAGUAGCCUUGAGGGGCCCACCAUAUUGGACAUAGAAAAAUUUCAUCGCGAGUCUUUCUUCUACACUCAUUUGAUAAAUUUCAGUGAAACUCUGCAGCAGUGCUGUGACCUGUCCCAGUUGUGGUUCAGAGAGUUCUUCUUAGAGUUGACCAUGGGCAGAAGAAUCCAGUUCCCUAUUGAAAUGUCAAUGCCUUGGAUUCUGACUGACCAUAUUCUGGAGACCAAAGAGGCAUCAAUGAUGGAGUAUGUUCUCUAUUCUUUGGAUCUUUACAAUGAUAGUGCUCAUUAUGCAUUAACUAAAUUUAAGAAGCAGUUCCUGUAUGAUGAAAUUGAGGCAGAGGUAAACUUGUGUUUUGACCAAUUUGUCUACAAGCUGGCGGACCAGAUAUUUGCAUACUACAAAAUUAUAGCAGGAGGUCUGCUUCUGGAUAAGCGAUUACGCUCAGAGUGCAAGAAUCAGGGGGCAUCAAUUCACUUGCCAUCGUCCAACAGAUAUGAAACCCUGCUGAAACAGAGACAUGUUCAGCUUCUUGGUAGGUCAAUAGACCUCAACCGCCUAAUCACUCAGCGGAUUUCAGCAGCCAUGUAUAAGUCAUUGGAGCUGGCAAUUGGACGAUUUGAAAGUGAGGACUUAACUUCCAUUGUAGAGCUAGAUGGCUUGAUAGAGAUCAACAAAAUGACGCAUAAACUACUGAGUAGAUACAUGACCUUGGACAGCUUUGAUGCCAUGUUCAGAGAAGCCAAUCACAAUGUGUCGGCUCCCUAUGGAAGAAUCACUCUUCAUGUCUUCUGGGAACUCAACUAUGAUUUCCUUCCAAACUACUGCUACAAUGGGUCCACUAACAGAUUUGUUCGGACUGUGCUACCCUUUUCUCAGGAGUUUCAGAGAGAUAAGCAGCCUAAUGCACAGCCCCAAUAUCUCUGUGGAUCAAAGGCAUUGAACUUGGCUUAUUCCAGCAUUUAUAGCAACUACAGGAAUUUUGUGGGGCCCCCACACUUUAAAGUCAUCUGCCGGCUUUUGGGAUACCAAGGCAUUGCCGUGGUAAUGGAGGAGUUGCUGAAAGUUGUCAAGAGCCUGCUGCAAGGUACGAUUCUUCAGUAUGUGAAGACCUUAAUGGAAGUGAUGCCUAAGAUCUGUAGGUUGCCCAGGCAUGAGUAUGGCUCUCCAGGUAUCCUGGAAUUUUUCCACCAUCAGCUGAAGGACAUUGUUGAAUAUGCAGAACUGAAGACGGUGUGUUUCCAGAAUUUGCGGGAGGUGGGAAAUGCUGUGCUUUUCUGUCUGCUCAUUGAACAGAGCCUGUCCCUGGAGGAAGUGUGCGACCUGCUGCAUGCUGCACCAUUUCAGAACAUACUGCCAAGGAUUCAUGUCAAAGAGGGUGAAAGACUUGAUGCUAAAAUGAAGAGACUAGAAUCAAAAUAUGCUCCACUCCAUCUUGUUCCUCUGAUUGAAAGAUUAGGAACACCACAGCAAAUUGCAAUAGCCAGGGAAGGAGACUUGCUGACCAAGGAACGUCUGUGCUGUGGUCUAUCCAUGUUUGAGGUCAUCUUAACUAGGAUUCGGUCCUUCCUGGAUGAUCCAAUCUGGCGUGGGCCCCUGCCCAGCAAUGGUGUAAUGCAUGUGGAUGAGUGUGUGGAAUUUCACCGUCUCUGGAGUGCGAUGCAGUUUGUGUACUGUAUUCCUGUGGGAACGCAUGAGUUCACUGUGGAACAGUGCUUUGGAGAUGGAUUGCACUGGGCUGGCUGUAUGAUCAUUGUGCUUUUGGGACAGCAGCGUCGCUUUGAUGUGCUGGAUUUCUGCUACCACUUACUGAAAGUACAAAAGCAUGACGGCAAAGAUGAGGUCAUCAAGAAUGUGCCUCUGAAGAAAAUGGUUGAGAGAAUCCGCAAGUUCCAGAUCCUGAAUGAUGAGAUAAUUGCUAUUUUGGACAAGUAUUUGAAGUCUGGUGAUGGAGAGAGUACACCUGUGGAACAUGUGCGCUGUUUCCAGCCACCUAUUCAUCAGUCCCUGGCCAGUAACUAAGUGUGGAUAGACCAUCCUGCUUCUUAUGUUAGCUCCCAUACUUUUGCACCUAGUUAAGUUAUAAGUUUAAAAGAAAAAUGGUUUUAAGGAGCAUCUUCAUCUGCAGUAAGGCCUGUGCUAUUUGAAUGGCCAGUGCUUUUCCUCUUUAAGUCUCCACGCACAAUAACUGUAUACAAUCAUACUUAUUUUUCUAGACUAAAAUUUUAUACUUUGAUAAAGGAUCUGCAAAUGAAAAAGGCUUGUCUGACAGAACUUGUUGCACCCUCUCAUUUGAUGCAAAUUUUUUCCUCAGCUGUCCCCAUAUUUAGCUAUGGAGGGUGAAAAAACCAUGGGUUUUAUUAGAAACAUUUAUAAUUGUGUAUUUUAGAAAAGCAUUAAUUGCUUGGUUAGCCUUUAUAAACUGAGGUUCCUGCUGAUGUUUUGUGAAUAUUUUUAAUCAGUUGAUUUCUUUUGGCAGAACUAAACACCCCAUCUAAUCAGUAAUUAUGGAAAUAAAGGCUAAUUAAGCCAUCCUUUUUAAACAGUAAUUCUUUAACAUGGAGGUGGCUGAUAAUACUCUGCUUUAAAAAAAAAUAGUAGUUCAUAUUAUAGAAAAUUUGGGUCCGUUUAUCAUAUAUCAAGUUUUUGUUAAGAGGAGCAAUUUUCUGAGAGAUGCUUAAGAGUCAAAACAUGUUGUUUCCAUGCUGGUGCUAGGGAAUUCCUGUUUUAAAAGAUGCUUCUAUACACUGAACCUAUCUCAACUCAAUACACGAGCUGUAAUGAAACUAAAUUGCAACUUACAGAGAAUAUUUAAGUUUUGUUAUACCUUUGUAUUUUGUGAAACAUGCCUCAGUAAAAUAGUUUGUAAAAUGUG